AUGUUAACCGUAUUUUUGCUCUCAUUUGGUGUACCCGCUUAUGCUUUAAUUCACGAUGCUCAACCGUUUACGUGGCAUUUACCACGAAAAAUAUUUAAUAUUGCCUAUUGGGAAAUAUUUGGUGAUCUUAAAGUUUUAGAGUUAAUUGAAGACAAUUAUACCUUACCAGGCUACUUUACAUAUGUCUUAUUAGGCAUUUAUAUGGCCUUCGGUGCAAUCUUAUUAGUUAAUUUAUUAAUUGCUAUGUUCAGCAACACAUUUAGUUCAUGUCAAACGGAUACAGAUUACAUUUGGAAAUCUCAACGUUUCAAAUUAGUCUUCGAAUAUUUGGAUAGACCAUCGCUACCUCCCCCACUCAUUUGUAUUCCACAUUUAUACCGUCUAUUCCUGUUCACAUCAACACGUUUCUUUAAAUCACCAACACGUCUGAAACAAAUCUAUCAAAAACAUAUUCAGCGAACAAGCCUUCAAAAAGUUUUGACUGAUAAAGAUGUGUCCUAUCUGGAAGAACUCGAAGAUGCAAGAGGUGAUGAAGUCUAUUUUCAAUAUUUGAAGAACAAACAACAAAGGCAAACGAUUUAUCCAUCAACACUAUUAGGUCAAGCUAUCUUCGAUAUGGGAGAAGAGAAAUUGUAUGUCAAAAAAAAGUUUUCAGAAUUUUAG